ACUUUUUUUUAUGCAUAGCCGUGGGUUGGCCUUUUUGUCGGUCAGAUGAUUACGCCGCGCUUCGAUGUCGCGCAGACGGAUGAAAAGAUUGUUAUCACGAUGAAGCUCAAGUGCAUCAAAACUUCAGAGUGCGAAUUCUACGUUGGAUGUAACCUGUUCAAGUUUUAUUGCAAGCCCUAUUUUUUGAGGUAGGUCGAGACCGCCUAAGCUGCAUUUUUUCCUGACGGAGGCUUUGCCUCUCGGUCACGCGGUUCGGUUGUACGGCGCGAGUUACGCGUCGCGGUCGAUGUUUCGCGGAGAGAGAGACGUCAGUUCGAAGUCCUGAGUGCUUCUGCUAACGCUUAAGAUACGACUCGCCUGGAUAUGCGGCGCCGUGCUCUCGUCGCGGAUGCAGGCUUGAAUUUCCUUGCGAAAUAGCGGAAGACGGGACUGAGAGGGCCCAUUACGAUGUCGAAAAUGGGGAAUUGAAAGUGGAGAUUUCAAAAAAAGUUCACGGACAAUAUUUCAAAAAUUUAGACCUCUUGUCCAGCUUGCUGUCCCCUUACAGCUGUUUGAGGCCUCUGGAUGAUGCGACCUGCGAGGGGGUGGAGACAGGAAGCGACGCGAACAUUAGCGGUCGUCGUGGGCAGAGCGACGGCGAUGGUUGCGCAGCGCGCGAGCAGCAGCACGACGCGACGAGGUCCGGCGAUUCUGACGCCGGUUCAAAUCGGCUCCACUCGAUUUUUUCUGAAUCUUUUGUGCGUCGUCUGCCUCCUUCUAUUGAAGUCGUCGAGACUCACGACGAGCCUGGAUGCGCCGUCGAGGCGACUGAGGGUCCCUCCGAUUUCUCGUUCGACCCCGAGGCGAUGAGGGUUUGGUUCUGCACUUCUUCCGCCUCGCUUGGCUAUGGGUUUUUGGGCAGGUAUCGCGGCUAUUUUAAGGAUUUUUGCACGUCUUCUGAGAACGAAUACAAGUGGUGGCUGUUGGAGGCCAUAGACAAUCCGGACCCGGAGGGCCUGACCGUUCAACAGAGACACGAGCUUCGAAUCGAGAAGGAGAAUCUGGAGUUCGACGUGGAUCACUAUCUGGCCGAUCUCUUCGAGCCAAACGAGGAGUUCAAGAGCGUCAUGGAGUACGAGACCGUGUGGAACGUUGAGUGGAGGCGCAGAAAGGCUAGGGGAACGAAGGGUCUGGGGAGCGACCAGAGUUCGACGGGCGGACGCGACAGAGACGCGAUGAGAGUCGAAAGUGGGAGCGAGGGCGUUUUUGCCACCGAUACGGCGGGAAUGGAAAGCAGCGACGCGAGGCGCGAGGUGAGCGUCGACAGCGCGGUGGGCGGCCGCCAUACCGAGUCGGCUGAUGGCGUCCGCGCGUUGGACGAGGGCGCGGCGAGCACUCGCGGUGGCGGUGGUGGUGCGGGUAUUCGGAGCGGCGACGUCACAGGGAGAGGAAGCCAAAUCGAUGACAGUUCUUCUGUAAAUGACAACACAAUUAUCAGUAUUGGUACAACAAGCGGGCGGAAUGAAGACACGGGCGCGGGCCUGAAAAAUAGGGGCAGCGUCGAGAGCGGUGACGUUGGCGGCGUAGGUACUGCGAGCGCCGGUCCGCUCGGCGCGGAGGGCCAGCAUUCUUCGGGACCUGCACACAACGGCGACACGACGCCGGCGCCCUUCAGUUCGCUGUUUUCGAAGAGCUCGACUUACGCGCAGCUCUUGCGCGGUCUUCCGCGACGAGAGUACCUAUACACGCCCGCGGAGGAAUGGGCGUGUUUCUUGUCAUUGAUCGACUUGGUCUUUGUGUACGCGUUCAACCACCGAAUAUGCGAGGGAGAAAAUUCGACAGAAUCGUACUGGAACGUGGCGAAGCUCAGCGCGACGCUGUCGUGGUUUGACUUACAUUACACAGUUCAGCAGGUGCUCGUGAGCAGCUACCGGCGCGCGUUGUGCUAUCCACUGUACAGAAGCUGGGUGCUGUGUCAGAAGGUGUGCAGAGAUGUCAUACAGAUAUUUUCGCUUGGCAGGUGUGCGCUGAUGUGUUGCUUGUUGGAAUUGAAGCGUUUGUGCGACAUGGCGGAGCUGGGCGGUAGGUACUUGACGCAGUUGUACCUGGACGACUACGCGGUGUGGAUUCAGAAGGCAGAGCCACGCAAGAUCAAGGCGAUUACGCGGAUGAUCAAGCAGACUUACCGGACCGUGUCCAAGGAGGACUUGGGGUUCGAGUUGCGGGAGAUGGAGCGGAUGGCGCAGGCAAACAAAGAGAUGCAGGAAUGAAGAGAGAGGUGAUCGGUGGGGGGUGGUCUAGAGCGGUUUUUUUCUUUCUUGCUUUUUACCAGGGCAAUUUUUUUUUUUUUUUUUAAGGGCCCAGUGGCGGUUGCACAGAACCAACGAUUUCGUGCUGUAUUUAUAUAUGUAAAUCACGCUUACUGAUGGACCUCUGGUAAGAGAGAAACGUGCUGCUCGGCGCUCUGCAGAUCCUUCGGCUCUUCACUCGUCUGAUGGUCAGGUGCUGCAACUUGCCGCCUUGGUCGCCGCCAUCGGACCGGUCAGCGGUGGUUGUCGCGUCUUGGCCGCCGCCUCCCAAUCCCGUGCCGCUGCGCGCGAUGGGUGGACGAGCGGGACCGCGAGAUAGCAAAAGGUUCAGAUUAGACCUGAAGGAGACGUUCUUGACGAUGUGCGGGGUGGUGUCAGAAACCGGCAUCUGACGCAGAGACACAGACCUAGAGAGAAGUUGGUUUCUUGGUCUUUCGAAAGCCGGAGGUUUUUUUGGGGCUUCUUCCUCUCCCGUCUUCGCUGGAGUCUCAGCGUCUCUUUUGACGUCGCUUCUGGGGUGAAAGUCCGCGAUGCUGGACACCCUGCUGGUCGAAACGGCGUCCGAGUUCCUCGCCGUGCCCUCCGCGACUUCGGAGCCGGAAGUGCUAGAUCCGGCGUCGAGCUCGGCGGCGUCGUCUCGCGGCAGAGCUUGACUGGGACGACCGGGUCUCGCCGCUUCCGCUGCCUCUUCACCUUCGACCAGAAAUUCCAGUUUUUCCUCGACUCUGCUCAAAUUCCUUUUUAUGUCGUUGCUCGAGAUCUCGGUGGUCAGGCGGCCGUCGAGCCCGCCGACGUCAGGCGCCUGGUCGGUCUCCUUCUCGUGAGACAGGUCUGAUUUAUCGGACUUCAGCGGAAAAGUGAGGCCGCUCAAUUCCCGCUCGAUCCGCAGAAACUGAGCGUCUGUGGCUUUGGAUUCUCGCGUCUGCGGCGACGCCAGUUUGUCGCUGCCGCUCUCGUGCUCUCCGCUGACCGCGCUUCCCCCCGUUUCCUCCAUGCCCCCUGCUUUCGAAUCGACGUGAGCCGUUGAGGCGGUCGCGCGCGUCGCAGUCAUGUCGUCCGAAAGCCGCUCAACGUGCGCCAAGAUCUGUUCGAUAUCGUCGCUAAAAAAAUCCAACUCGUUUUUCGCCUCCUCCUCCUUCGGACUCUCUCCGGCUCUUCCCAACGCGUGAGAGCCGUCCACCUCGGCACCUCUCGCCCCGCGCUGCCCCACAAAAUCCGUACGAGACGCACGAGACGCACAAGACACGUCCGCACGUCCGAGCUCGCCACUUCCACUGCGACUCGCACCCACCACCCCGCCCGUGCCGAUAAAACCCGACUCUUCGACCUCUCUCCCCCCUCCACCACCCAAUGUCGAUUCUUCAGUCGCGUCGGCAGCCUCCCGAACGCUCUCAAAAUCUCCACCUGUCACCUUCAAAACCGCGCUUUCUUUCACUAUCGCGGACUCCUUCCCCCCCUCAGGAGCCCCCACGACCUCGUCAUGUCCCACGCAACGUGGACCAGCACCGCUCCCCUCAACGCUAACCAAAUCAGAACUCAAACGUACCCCGUUCCCAUCUCUCGCGCGCGGCUCACCGCCACCCAACGCGUCCGCCGAAAUAGCCGUCUCCGUAGGCCCGUCCUUGCCAUUCAUGUACAAGCUGUAUAUGUAAUCCAAACAUCUAUUUUUGUCAUCCCAGUCGCUCCACGAAUCACUCGAUCUGGGCCCAUCACGCCGAACUGAAGAACUCGCUAUCUCUUCGCCUUCCUGACCCAAUUCAUCUUGGCUCUCUCCCACAGCUCGCUCGUUCAUCACCACUCUGUCUCGGUAGUUCAUCCUUCCCAUUCGCGAUGACAAGAGUAACACAAUGUACCUCUUGCAACCCAGUUCUCUAGACAACGUUUCUAUUUUGACUCCAUUUGAAUAAAUAUUUUUCAUAUAUGAGGCA